AAAAUUUUUUUUUUUGAGUUUAACCAUGUUUUUAUUUCACUUCAAAGUUUGACCACAGGUUAUGAAAGUUAGGUGGUUAGCACUGGUACUGCUGAUGACAGUAAGCACGUGAACAGUUGUGUUCUGCCCAUAACCUGUUCACAGUCCUGCUCAGGGUUACCCUGACUGCUGGAUUUGAUCUUACAAGGCAGUUUAUUUUGAAGCUAAAUGAAUUUUACCAAAUGGGCACAAUAAACCUUUUAAAGAUAUCAAAAAGGCGCAAACUGAAGUUUGUUUUUUCCAGCAAGUCUGUUAGAAAAGAAUAUGAAACAUUUUUUUCACCAGAAUGUAAUGCUGUAGUGACAUCAAAAUCUCUUCUAAUGAUGCUGUAAAGGAGUUCUUGAUAUAGAACGCUUGAUCUUUUGUAAAUAAAACGUGCUUUAUUUUAUGUACUAGAAUCUUCCAGUGGUGCCUGUGGCCUACCUCAGACUAGUGCUUCUGUCUAUGACAAAAUAGUUAUCUGUCAGUUGGAAGGAGGUACUAAAAUACUCCAUGUAAAUAGUUGUGGUACACAAGAACUAAAACCUGUUCAUCACCAUGACCAACGUAAUUAUCUUCAAUCAGAUGUGGACAACCCUGUAACAGCUGUACUGGAGCAGUUUUUGCCUGUUCCAGGUGAACCGGUUCUGAAUGAACAAGAGUGUGAAAGUGGACCGUUACAACCAGCAGCUAGCACUGCCAUGUUCCAUCUACAAUCAAAUCUGCACAGGCCAGUGAGAAUGACCUCAGAGGGAUCAUUUUUAAGGAAGAGGCAGCUGCAACCCCAGUGUGAAAGCUUGCCUUUUGGUUCAGGGAUUAUAAAGCCUAAGAAACCGUGUAACUGUGCAAAAUCUCAGUGUCUUAAAUUUAGUGAUUUUUGCAACAACUGCAACUGCAAUAAUUGUUACAACAAUCAACUUCAUGAAACUGAGCGAUCGAAAGCCAUUAAGGCCUGUCUUGAUAGAAACCCAGAAGCUUUCUUACCAAAGAUUGGGAAAAGUAAACUAGGAGAAAUGAAACUUCACCAUAACAGAGGAUGUAAUUGCAAGCGCUCAGAAUGCCUCAAGAAUUAUUGUGAGUGCUUUGAGGCUAAAAUUAUGUGUUCCUCUAUUUGCAAAUGCAUUGGUUGCAAAAAUUAUGAAGAAAGUCCAGAUGAGAAACCCCAGCUGAAUAUGCUAAACUACGUGGACAUUAGAUAUAAUGAAGGAAACAGCCCAGUUUUAACAUCAACAUUCAAAACGUUACCAAAAUUGAAGACAGACAGGUGAAUAUUUGGAAAUAGAAAUGCAUAAUUCAUUGGUCUGACUUCAUUCAUUUUUCAUGUUACCAUUAUCAUAGUUAUUUAAGAAAUAAUGACUAGAAUGACAGAUGGCUUGUAUACAAGGCAUCACUUCACAUAGCAUUUGCCAUCCUGUUUCUAUAAAUGAAAAAAUAUCCAAAGGAUGGCCUAUAACUAUCCAUUAAGGAUGUAGUGUACAGAGUUUAAGGAUAUAUGUAUUAGUUCUACUUACAAAACAGCAGUUAUUUAUGUAUCGAUGAUAUAUUUCAUUCUCUCAACAUUUUUCCCCUUAGCUACUUUAUCUUGUUCCUUCAGUUUCUCUGUUCUUAAAUUUUUCUAUGUUCAAGCAUUCAUUUCUAAUAAAACCUUGACCAAAGAACUGAUAAGAAAAUUAUGUUGUUGAUAUGUUUGUGAUAUUCAAUUAAUAAGCAUGUUUGCAUCACUGCUUCUUUCCCAUCUCUUCUUCCUUUGAUCCACCUCCUCUCAAUUUUAGUUGUGUUAGCAAUUUGGAUUGUGAAAUAGUCUAAGGUGGUUGUACUAUCCUGAUGUUGUAAUAAUUUCUAAUAUAGUAGUAGCCUAACCUUUGGUUUUGGUUGGUUUAUAGUCAUUUGCCUACUAAAUAGAAAGAGCUGUUAAUAAUUAAAAUUCAUUAAACCACCUCUUAGUUGAUUUUAGGGAGCUUUACUCUAGGCUCUAAAACUUAGAGUUUGCAUACAUCAUUUCUUCGCUCCUUUGCAUCAACCUUGAAAUUCUUAUCUUAAUUUUGUUUUUAAAAUACUUUCUGAUGAUCUAUUUAAAAAAUAUUUUAGUAAUCUCUGGUCUUGGUAGUGUAUUGAUGGGGUAGAUCAUGCCAAGUUAUGCUUUUGCUUGAAUCACACAGGAGGUUGAGUUACAUUAUUAAUAUAGUAGAAUGAGUUAUGAUGUUAACAGCUAGUAGUUUCAAGAGUUUGUUCAAUGCAAAGCUGCUAAGGUGCCAUUCAGGGAUCCUUGAGGGACUUGGUGCUGUUUCCUUCAACAGGAGUAAACUGAAUUUACAUUUCAUACUUCCUCGACCUUGGCUAAGCCUUUUUAACACAUUUCCUUGUACUUGAGGCAGGAAGAGACUUGUAUAAACUUUCUCUGUCUGCACCUGUUGGGCAGCAUUUUCAUAGAUCGAUUACAUUGUGUGAACAGUCUCCUGUGUGAUAAAAUAGAAAAUCUCAGAAGCAAUCUGUUACAAGCACAAGCUAUUCAGUGUAGAAGAAUGAAAUUCCUAAAAGGAUGUAUCUUACAGUAACAGUGCAGCUACUUGGAUUCAGCUUUGUGCAUUCCAGCUCUUAACUGAGUUUCACAAUUUGUCUUUUAAAUUAUUUUCUGUAUUUAAAAUGGAGGUAUUUCCUUUCUUUUCCCCCGGUCAGGCAACCAGCUGUACGUAUAUCUUGGGAAGAAGUGAAAGCAGUAUGUUCUUGUCUCCUGGUGCAAGCUGAAGAGGCAGAAAAUAGAAAUUAUUCUGUCUGUCUAGCUGAGCGUGUGAUCA